GCCCACCGUCGCCUCGCAACGACGCGUCCGCCAUGGAAGACGACCAGCCCCAGUUCAUACACAGCACCCUCGUCACAGAGCCCUACGACAGAGAAAACCUGGAAUACGAGCUCCUCAUGCGCCAGGAGCCCAAGCAGGCCCGGAUGUGCGGUGUCGGCGGCAAAGCCGACCGCCGGCCCAUCGACCCCCCGCCGAUCGUGCAGCUGCGCGUCAUCGACCGCUCGACGCGCCGCGAGAUGUCGCUCAGCGGCGGCGCAAGUGGUGGUGGCGGUGGUGGCGGCGGUGGUGGUGGUGGUGGCGGUGGUGGUGCAGGGGCCCGCGACGACGCCGAUGCCGGUGGUUCGCGCGACAGCUCGCCUGGCGCAGGCCCGUCGUCGGCGUCGGCCUCGGGCGGCUCGCAGUCGUACCUCCAGAACCCGUACUACUUCAUGUUCGCCGCGCUCGCGAAGCCGGACGAGGACGUCGAGCUGCAUUGGCUCAAGGAUGGGAAGACAAAGUGCACGACGGGAUCAGUCGUCUCGUCCUUGUACCACCUCAAGGAUGCAGAGAACGCCCACGAAGACGCCGGGUUCUUCGUUUUCCCGGACCUGAGCGUUAGGACAGAAGGCAGUUACCGGCUCAAGCUUAGCUUGUUCGAAGUCGUCGGAUCACACGUAUACCACUGCAAGUCGAUCUUUUCUGCCCCGUUUUAUGUCUACACUGCGAAAAAGUUUCCAGGAAUGGAAGAAUCCACGCCGCUCUCAUGUUCUCUUGCGGACCAGGGCAUCAAGAUCCGCAUCCGGAAGGACAUCCGUGUUCGCAAAAGACCUGCUCAGGCCAUGGACGCACCGACACCGCUCCCAAUGCCAGUACCGGUCCCCCUCGGCCCUGUUCCCGGAACACAGGCGCCGCCUCCAAAUCCUGGCGGCAUCAAUGUCGGAAUGGGACCUGUCCCUGUUCCGCUCGGGCCUGUCCCCGACGCGCCGCCUGCGCCCGGUCAGACCGUGUUCCCGAGCAGCUCGGGCCUGCCGGUGCGGCUGGACCCGCCUGAGCGUGACGACGACGACCGGAGGGACUACGAGCGUGACCGCGACCGUGGGAGAGACCGCGACCGCGAUAGGGAACGCGACAGGGACCGCGACCGGAGCGACGAUCCCGAGCGACGGCCCGACAUGGGCGAACGCAGACCGAGCACGCGGCGAGACAGCAUCAACGAGCGCGCGUCGAAGCGGCCCAGGCAGGACGAUGGGUACGCCCAGUCCGACGUGGGCGAGCCGGGUGCGGGCGUGAUCCACGCGAGCCCGGUCUCGGCCUCGGCCCAGGUGCAGCCGCACCAGUCCUAUCAGCAGCAUCAGCAGCAGCAACAAGCGUGGCCGCCGCUCGAUCCUGUGUUGGGCGCCCAUCCGCCGCCGCCUCCGCCGCCCCACGCCCCACAUCAUGCCGCGCACCCGUCGGCAGACCCGCAUGCACACCAUUACGCGCCCUACGACAGCCGGUACGCCCCACCUCCCCCGCCACCGGCGGCGCCUGGCCACUAUUCGGGGUAUGAGCAGCAUGCCCCGCCGCCGCCACCACCACACGCCGCGCACCCGUCACACCCUCCGCAUCCUGCCCCGCCUGCUGGUCAUCAGUACAUGGCACCCCCCGCGCACGUCUCGUACUCACAUCCUGCCCCACCUCCGGGCCCCGGUCCAGCCGGUGCGCCGCCGCCGCCUCCACAGUACACGACGUACCCGCCACCGACGCCUGUGCAGGGUGGGUGGAACACGCAGCACCAGCAGGCCCGCUAUGAUCCGUAUCCCCAACCACACCACCAGGCGCACUACCCGCCGCCGCCGCCGCCUGCGCAUCCGGGACAGCAGCAGCACCCAGGACAGCACCCGCCUCCGCCGCCCCCGCACGCGCAGCGGUACGACUACGCCCAGAGCUACGGCGCCCCGCCGCCGCCGCAUCACCAGCAAUACAGCCAGAACGGGUACUAUGAGCACCCGCCGCCGCCCAGCCAACAUCCGGCGCAUUCGGCACCGCACCAUGCGCCCCCGCCCCCGCCGCACGCACCCCCGCACGGCCACCAGCAGCCGCACGCAUCGCACGGAUACGCGCAUCACGGGCAGCAGCAGCAGCAGCAGCAACAGCCCUCGUCGUCGCCGCCGCCGAGCCAGGUCGUCCGCCGCCACCCCCGCCGCCACAGCACCGCGGAAGCUACGGUGCGCCACACCCGUCGCACCCGCCCCCGCCGUCACAGCAGGGCCACUACGGGAAUUACCCGCCGCCGCCGCCGCCGCCCUCGGCGGGCGCCGCGCAAGGCUACCACCACCAGCCCGCGCGCCAGGGCUCCGCGGGUGCCGCCGUGCACAGCCCGACGCAGAGCCGGUACCAGCUGAGCACGCCGCCCGGGCAGAGCGCGCACGCGCCGAGCUCGGGCUUCAGCGGGUACCCCGUCCCGCCCGGCAGCGCGUCCUCAGCCUCAGCCUCGUCCUCCUCCGCGCUCGCCGCCGCAGGCCUCGGCAUCGACGGCGCCGGCACGACCGCGACGGCUGCUGCGGCUGCUGCGGCUGCCGCGGCUGGACAGAGCCGCCGCCGCGGCGCACGGCUGGGCGGCGGGCCCCGCCGGCGCUGGUGCUGGUGCGGGUGCGAGUGCCCCCUCCGGGUUCCCGGGCUCUGGCGCGAGCACCGCGCUCCACGCCGCGAGCUGGCCGCCUGUGCCGCUCGCACAGGACCAACAGGCGGCGGCGGCGGCGGGGUACCCGCGCGAGUAUGCGCCGCGUGAGUCGUAUGCGCCGCCGCCGGCGCGCGGGGAGUACCGUGGGCCUGGAGGAGGCGGUGGGGGACGCGGGAUCGAGCUCGCGCCGCUCCGGAGCGCGACGCCGCCGAGCAGCGCGGGCGGGGGGCGCGACAUUGAGCGUGGCGGGAGCGCGAAGAAGAAUCCGCUGAGUAUUGGGAACAUCAUUGACGAGUGAUGUGGUGCUGUUUGCGCCGUUGCCUUCGUGUGCUUUGGCUGGUGGUGGCAGGCCAGGCGUGUUUGGUAGUCGCCGUGUUUCUUGGUCGCUUGCUUUCGUUCGUGUCUCGCGGCGUCUUUGCGUUUCUUGCUCGCGUGCGACAUAUUUCUUUUCCCUCCCUUAAUUGCCCCACGAAGCUCCCAUCGCAAAAAGAAUCGUUGUUGGUGCAGUUCCUUUCUCACAUAUUAUACCCAAACUCGUCGCCAAUUUCUCUGUAUCCUCUUUCCUUGCGUAGGCACUUGUUUUUUUUUUUUGUGCUGACUGCGGCGCGCGCGCGCGCUGACAGAC